AUGGCAGCGGGACGGCGUCAAGUUCGCGCAGAUGACGAGUACUCGUAUUCUGACUCGGAUUAUGAUGUGUCUGAUUACGACGACUUUGUAGUCCCCGUCCAGAAGAAGGGGCAGGGCCGCCGUGGCGGCGCACCGGCGGCAAAUGUGCAGCCUAAGUCGCGCACGGCAGCAGCUGCCGCGACAAAAACGCAUGUGACACAGAAGGGUGCUGCAACUAAAUCGCAUGAACCGACAGGGAAGGGUGGCACCGGACAACCUGGUGGAAGUACGACAUCGUCAGUUGUCGUUGGUGUUAAAUCUGGGCAAAAUCAAGCCAAUUCGGGUAGCAGCAAUGCACCCGGGCGGUCAAAUAAGGGUGUAUCCGCACAGGAUGGACGUGGCUCGUUCCCUGUGCUGAACGUCGUGGUCUGUGGCCGCGUGGAUGUCGGCAAGUCCACUCUGUUAGGGCACUUGCUUACCCUCCUCGGGGCAGUGGAAUCCAGGUCACUACGCGGUGAAUUCGCAUGGAUUCUGGACCAGGGUGAAGACGAACGUUCGCGCGGCAUCACCAUUGACCCGACGAAGGCAUCGGCCGUGGUAGAUGUUCCGUCCCCGGAAGCUGACGGUGGCGCAAAAGGCACCACAUCUGCAUCUGGAAGCAAAUUAGUUGCGCCAGCUUCAGCUGCUUCCGUUAAACGAUGCGUGAAGUUGAAUUUUAUUGAUACCCCCGGGCAUCAUGAGCUGGUCUCGAGCCUGGUGCGCGGGGCCAUAUUCGCCGAGGCAGCGGUAGUCAUUGUUGACGUCCUGGAUUUUCUAAAGGGGGACGCUAACGGAUACUUUGAUCAGCACUUCUUUUUGUUGUGGUCGUUGGGGCUGCGCCACUUCGUUGUUUGUGUCAACAAGGUCGACCGUUGCUCCGAACGGGAGCCGAUCGAGGAGGCCAUGCGGCUGGUGCGUGAAAGACUGUCGUCGUACGCACUGUCGGCGUUGAUAGUGGUGCCGACGUCUGGAACGAGCGGGCUGAACUUAGUGCAGCGCGACUCCGAUUGGGGUGAUGGCCCGUCCGUGGUCGAUGCACUGCGGAGUAUUGCGCAAAAAACUGCAUUCAGCGAGGAAUUGUCCUGUGCCACGCCAGAGAGUCAGAUUCCUUCUGGAGCCACGUUGUGCCACAUUUUUGACAUGUGGGAGAUGUCGAAAACCAAUGUCGGUUGCUCGUGUUUCCUCGAGACUGAGCUGCGUACUCCAUGCAAGCUCGUAGCACUGCCGAGCCGUAGCAUGGUGACGUGCAGUGACGUGUCGUGUUUAGUACCGGCCAGUGAUAGUGCCGCGAGUGCGGCUACAUUGGGGUCGAAGGUGGACGACAUGACUACCCGCUUCGGUGUUAUGAGCCUGAGUGCCACCUCCUUCGCAUCCCGGCAGGACUUUGCAGACAGCAUGACUCUGCGUGGCCAGGAGAUACAAGCGCUGACUGGCGAUCGCCUGCUGGUGGACACGGCAACAUUUGAGAGCCUAAAGGCGGAAUCGGGUCACCUGGUGGAGAUGUCAAGCAUAGUUUGCCACGUGCUGGUCCACCGGGGAUCCAGCCACAAGCUUACCCUCGGGUUCGGAGUCACGGCCUUUGUAGGCUACUUCCAGAGCAAUGGAGCCAUAUCUAGCGUGUGGGAGCGUAUAGGCGCCGGAAAAUGGAAGCGAGUGACCUCCCUGUGGCCUGGGAAGGAAGGCGUGUUGGUGCUGCAGCUGGCUGCCCCGCUGUUCGUGCAACCAGUGUCCGAAUCCAUGGCCGAUUGCAUGAUGCCCCGCAAUGCAUCAGACACAUCCAAUAUGAAGCAAAACACGACACAGAAUGGGCAUGUCUCACACCGAUUAUCACUGCUCAGCCGCGUGCUACUCAAGGCCGGCGGGGACGUGGUUGCCGGUGGCACUAUAGUAGACAAGCCUCCAAAAUAA